AUGAAGUUCCUCAAGGUCGGCCGCGUCGCCAUCAUCACCCACGGCCGCUACGCCGGUAAGAAGGUCGUCAUCAUCCAGCCUGUUGACUCCGGUAACAAGGCCCACCCCUUCGGCCAUGCCCUCGUCGCCGGCAUCGAACGCUACCCCUCCAAGAUCACUCGACGAAUGUCGAAGACGAGACAGGAGAAGCGCAACAAGAUCAAGCCCUUUGUCAAGCUGGUCAACUACAACCAUCUGAUGCCCACCCGCUACACUUUGGAGCUCGAAGGUCUCAAGGGCGUCGUCAGCAACGACACCUUCAAGGAGGUCACCCAGCGUGAGGACGCCAAGAAGACGGUGAAGAAGGUUCUGGAGGAGCGUUACACGAGCGGCAAGAACCGGUGGUUCUUCACGCCUCUGAGAUUUUAA